CUGGUCCCUUCUGAAGCCCUCGGGGCCCAGGGCCCUGGGUCAGAGGCCCAGUAUCCUUCCUGCCGUGGAGGAGGGGCUUUAGCUCACAAAUGAUCAGCUGCUGGGGGUUGGGGAUGAGGAGCAGGAGCAAAUCCCAUCUUGAAGAAUUUUCAACUGCGAUCUAAGUGGUCUAGGUGGUCCCAGACACCUGCCCAUUCUCCAAUCAGGAGAAGGCUGAGCCAGGCCGGUAAAGUCAGGAGGGAGUCCUGAGGGUUCCAGUGGCCCUCUCCCUGCUGAGAUCUGCAGAGGGCUUAACCCUCCCACGUUGUGACAGGAUUCAGGGGCUGACAUGGCCUUAACAGUGACAACGCAGCUGUUGCUCCUUCUGGUGUGGGGGACCGCAGUGCGGGCAGCCCAGGCCCGGGCUGAGCUUCUCAACGUCUGCAUGGACGCCAAGCACCACAAGGAAAAGCCAAGCCCGGAGGACAAGCUGCACGAACAGUGCAGUCCCUGGAAGAAGAACGCCUGCUGUUCUGUCAACACCAGCCAGGAAGCCCAUAAGGAUGUUUCCUACCUGUACAGAUUCAACUGGGACCACUGCGGCCCCAUGCAACCCGCCUGCAAGCGCCACUUCAUCCAGGACACCUGCCUGUAUGAGUGCUCCCCCAACCUGGGGCCCUGGAUCCAGCAGGUGAACCAGAGCUGGCGCAAAGAGCGGGUCCUGAACGUGCCCCUGUGCAGAGAGGACUGUGAGAGCUGGUGGGAAGACUGCCUCACCUCCUACACCUGCAAGACCAACUGGCACAAGGGCUGGAACUGGAUCUCUGGGUUUAAUGAGUGCCCAGUGAAGGGCGCCUGCCAGCCCUUUCAUUUCUACUUCCCCACACCCGCUGCUCUGUGCAAUGAAAUCUGGAGUCACUCCUACAAAGUCAGCAACUACAGCCGAGGGAGCGGCCGCUGCAUCCAGAUGUGGUUCGACCCAGCCCAGGGCAACCCCAAUGAGGAGGUGGCGAGGUUCUAUGCUGAGGCCAUGAAUGGGGCUGGGCUCCAUAGGGUCUGGCCUGUCCUGUCUGGCCUGGCCCUCAUGCUGUUCCUAGUGCUCAGCUGAAAUCCUUUUACCUUCUGAUACCUGGACAUCUCUGCCCAGUUCAGC